CCCUCCCGUUCCGUCUCCACCACUCUUCACGCUUUACUUCCACUCCCCCGCGCCCUGCCGUUUCCCGAUGGAGACUGUGUUGGCAUCUAUCGCCGCCGGCGGGAUGGUCGCAGCGGCCGCGCUCGCCGCGGGGGCCAGCCGGGUCGCGGGGCAAAAGGACCGCCUCAACGCACCCCCAGCUGUUCCUGGUUUACCUAUCAUUGGGAACCUUCAUCAGCUGAAAGAAAAAAAGCCUCAUCAAACCUUUGCAAGAUGGGCCCAAGUCUACGGGCCAAUAUACACUAUAAGAAGUGGUGCAUCUUCUAUGGCUAUCGUCAAUUCAACUGAAGUUGCCAAAGAGGCUAUGGUUGCAAAGUUCCAAUCCAUAUCUACUCGGAAACUACCCGCUGCAAUUUCAGUGCUCAGUCGUGACAAAAAGAUGGUUGCUACAAGUGACCAUGGCGACUUCCAUAAAAUAGCGAAGCGCUAUAUUAUGCUGAGCGUGCUGGGCGCUUCUGGCCAGAAACAAUUUCGGGGCAUAAGGGACAUGGUGAUUGGUAACAUGUUGAGCACCUUCCACGCAUUGGUGGCUAAUGACCCCAAAGCUCCUGUGAACUUCCGGGAAGUUUUCAAGGAUGAGCUAUUCCGCCUAUCCUUGAUUCAGGCUUUAGGUGAGGAUGUGAGCUCGAUCUACGUAGAAGAGUUUGGGAAAAUUAUAUCGAAGGAGGAAAUCUACCAGAUCGCUGUGGUUGACCCGAUGAUGUGUGCUCUUGAGGUCGACUGGAGGGAGUUCUUCCCCUACCUCGGUUGGAUUCCAAAUCAGAGCUUUGACACAACAGUGAGUACAACAGAAGCUAGACGAACUGCAGUCGUACGAGCCUUGAUCAAUCAGCAGAAGAAAAGAAUCGCACGCGGAGAGGCUCGGGUAUCCUAUCUGGACUUCCUGCUAGCACAGAAUACACUGACUGAUGAGCAAGUGACGUCACUGAUCUGGGAGGCAAUCAUAGAAGCUGCAGAUACUACUCUGUCCACAACCGAAUGGGCCAUGUAUGAGCUCUCCAAGAACCAAGAAAAACAGGAACGUCUUUACGAGGAAAUUCAAGAGGUAUGCGGCAAUGAGACAGUCACUGAGGAUGACCUCCCACGGUUACCUUACUUGAACGCGGUGUUCCAUGAGACCCUUAGGCGUCAUCCUUCAGUUUCAGUAGUGCCUCCACGAUUUGUCCAUGAGGAUACCAACUUGGCUGGCUAUGACAUUCCAGCCGGCACAGAGGUGAUCGUCAACCUCUAUGGAUGCAACAUGAACAAGAACGACUGGGACGAGCCGGAGGAAUGGAAGCCCGAGAGGUUUCUGGAUGGGAGGUUCGAGCGUGCGGACAAGUUUAAGACCAUGGCCUUCGGCGCCGGAAGGAGGGUCUGUGCUGGCGCCACGCAGGCUACGAACAUCUCGUGCACGGCCAUGGCGAGGUUCGUGCAGGACUUUGCCUGGAGGCUCAAGGAAGGCGACGAGGGCAAGGAUGGAACCAUCCAGUUUACGACCAACAGGCUUUACCCUUUGCACGUGUACCUCACACCGAGAGGAAGGAAAUGAGCGGCAGUCCUGGUCAAACGGUUUUGGUAACUUUGCUGUCGGUGCCUGUGUGUGGCGAAAUAAACUUUUGGGAUGAAAACUCUAUGCUGUGUGGUAGGUUUUCUUCUGUGGGAAAAGGUCCAGCCAUGACUAAGUAUCGUACAGAGCGUGGACAGCACAAAACUUGCAUCAUAUAUAGUGAAUAGAUUAAUAGACAGGCCAUGUUACACAUAUGUUUACUUGGUUACAUGAAUCUAUACUAUAAUGUUCGAGUUGUUUUGAAAA